UCCUCGGAUUGCAGCAGCAGCAGCAGCAGCAGCAGCAGCAGCAGCAGCAAGCCCGCAUCCGCAGCCUCCGCUAUGGGGGCUGCAGCGGCAGUGUCUGCGCCAGACACUGCCUCCUCUGCGUUUGCUGCAGCGCGUGAAGCGGAAGUACUUGCAAUUGCUUCGACAAGUGCGCCACCACAAGCGGGAGAAGCGGAGGCAGCACCAGUCCUAGCAGAACCACUACCAGCAGCAAGAGCAACACCCCCCGACGGCGAGACAAGCCCGCUGUUAGCCCAAGGGGGGCAACUGCGCACUCGAAGGGCUGCUGCACCCUCUGCUGCUGCUGCACCCUCUGCUGCUGCUGCACCCUCUGCUGCUGCUGCUCCGGCUGCCCGUCUCUCUGCUUGUCCUCUUGGUGGUCUUGCAGCGAUUGCGGCUGGAGAAGCUCUUGCGCUUGAGCAGCCUGCUGCUGCUGGAGAGACAAGUCCCCAAGCCUCGCUUGCUGGCUGUAGUCACUGCCAGCCGUCGGUGUGGUAG